AUGGCGAGCAUCAUCAGAAGACCGUUACAUUUGACGGCGGCCGUACGGUUUCGACUUGCUCCGUUAUUUCCGUUCUCCGGAACUUCUGGUUCUGUUAACUCGGAUUCGACUCGUUGCUCUGAGUUAACUCGGGUUCCGAGUUUAGUCGAAGGAUGCGAUUACAAGCACUGGCUAGUUCUCAUGAAACCUCCCAAUGGAUACCCACCUCGAAACGACAUCGUCCAAAGCUUCGUCAAAACCUUAGCCAAGGCUCUAGGGAGUGAAGAAGAAGCUAAGAAAUCGAUAUAUUCUGUUUCUACAAAGUACUACUAUGCAUUUGGUUGCAGGGUUCAUGAACCUUUGACUUACAAGAUAAGAACGUUACCAGAUGUUAAAUGGGUUUUACCAGAUUCGUUUAUAGUGGAUGGUGACAGUGGAUAUGGAGGAGAGCCGUUUGUCGAUGGAAAGGUUGUCCCAUAUGAUGAGAAGUACCAUGCGGACUGGCUUAGAGAUCAAACCGAUGCAGAUGCUAAAGUCCGAGUAGUCAAAAAGAAGCUUAGGAGAAAAAGAAAGAAGAAGUUGAUCUAA